CGGUGUAUAUUAUGAGCCAGCAACAGUCUUAUUCAAUCACCAAGGCUUUUUAGAUUUGUUUGAAAGUGAACGAAUCUAAUAAUAAUACAAAGAAAGCGUGCACCAAUAUUUAUCUGAAAAGCAAAAUAAAUAACAUCAGAUCAUCAGCAUACUAAAAGAAUAGCAGAUUAUACUAAUAGCCAAAACAAGAAAUUGUCUUUCACAUAAACUUUCUCUUUUUAACCAAAUCGCUAUAAUUAUACAUCCGUUAUUAAAACAGUGAAUAUAGCAAGUAACAGACCUAAACAUAGUGAACUGUCAUGUUUGGUUUCUAUAAUUGUGUGAUGAUGCCAUGAUGGUAAACAGCUUAAUACCGGUUUUGCAACUUGUUAUACAACAACUGAUGUAGCUAGCCACAUAUAGUUAAAAUGAUAAGAAAUCGCUUGCAUAGUUGCUGUGUUAUAAACUAUCUUCACAAGCCAAAUGUAUAAGUAUUUGUAGGUACAACUAUAGCGUGCAUGAGGGAGGGUGGGUGGGGAUGAAGAUUUUUCUAUACGGCACGCAUCUGAUGAUCCCCACAUCAGCUUGACUGAACUGAACGUAAAAAAAGAAAUGACCCUGCUCAAUUCAGGAAUCACGCCAAGUAUCGUCCCGGCUUGGCCUGGCGAUGGAUGGAUGGAUUGCCCGGAUGGUAACGUAUAGUGGAGUAGAGAGAGAGCUCACAGUGGGGGGAUCAGUAAAUGGGAAAGAAUCCCUUACUAUAUCUACAAGGACUAAUGUAUUAUUUAUAAAUUGACGAUGAGGUAUCAGACGGCCGUGCGGCCGAGAGCCAAACUCUACAAUAGCCAACACAUUUUUGCCUCUCUGCUGCUGCUGCUGUUGUAUCCUCUCUGUCCGCCUCUCUCUUUUUGACUUGGAGUUUUUUUUCCACUUGUUUUGCUCGUUUCGUCUUUCUUUCUUUCUUUCUCUCGCCCGUGCUGAUGUGGAUGCAUGGUAGUACUGCAUGAUGGGUAAGAAUCCAGUUUGGGAUUCUAUCCAGUAUUAGGGCGACAGGCGGUCCUGAAGUCCUGACGGAGUGGAUGCUGGAAAGAAGAAGAAACAGGCAGCAGUGCAGCAGCACAGGACCAAACGGAGCGAAACCCGAUCAAGACCGAAAUAACAACAAGUGGAGCGCUAUGGUGGGGCUGCUGUGCUGCUGUGCUCAUAGACGCUCAUCCGGGAAGAUGAGGGGGGGAUAAGGUGGGAGGGUUUGGUUGCCUUUAUACUCGUCGAAUGGAAUGGCGCUGGGCAGGAUGGGCAGGCUGGGCUGCGGCUUCUGCCGGAGCAACACCAUCCUUCGCUGGCCAACCACACAAGUUUCUUGCUAACACAAACAGACAGGAGGAGCGGUGUGCGGCUGCUGCUGCUGGGGUGUAUAUUGGCGACCAGGCCAACUAGAAUAGUACGACUGCACAUAUCCGCCGCGAGUCGCUGAUGGGCCGUUCUUGGCUGGAAUCAAAGAUGGCGUCGGCUUUAAGAUACGUCGUCGUCGGCCCAUCGAGAGUCACUGGUCGGCAGGUCCGGGCCGGUGCUUGAACACACAUCACGCAAGCUCCCUCGUCUCCUGAAUAUCCGUUUAAUCGUGGAUUUCUCUGACUGUUUUUAUUUACCGCCAUCCGCCCUGCUGCGUCCCUCACUACUUUAUUGGAUCAUCCAACUCUUCACUUGCAGCUGAAGAACAUUUACCUUCGUCUGACCCUAGGCUCAACUGGUUGCACAACACCGAGUGAGCAGUGGCGUCAGAGAGAACAACUCGACAUCAACCAACCGGACAUCGUCGGCUGCGGGUUAGCUCACAAUAUCCUCCUCUCACAACAUCAGUUGCUCUCUCUUCUCCUCCCUCAGCUUAUAUAGACGACGGUGCCUUAAGACAAGAUCCGCGUUUGGUCCUUCUUAUUCCUGCCCUGCUCCUGCUCCUCCUCCCACUAGUCCGUUUUGGCCUAUUCUAGGAGGGAACUCGAAAGCUGGAAAUAUAUAGUAUAGAGAGGCUAUAUAGUCCGGCAUCACGCUCUAGUGUUAGGUACGUUACUACUACUACUCUAGUAUCUCAAGCUGCUGCUGCUGCUGCUGCCUGACACCAAGUGGUGAGUGCGUUGCAGUGUGUGCUCGUCGGCCAACAACAACGCUGUGGCUCGACCAGUUAGUCCGCUCGAGCUGCUGCUGGAUAACCAAUUCACUUACUGCGGGUCAUUUAGGCCAUCGUUGGUGCUUUUUCGCUUCCUUCCUCAGACUAUUGGAUAUCUGUGGCCAGCAUUGACAGUACCACGGUACUACAUUGAUACUUCACCAUGGAUGACGCGUUUACAAAACCGUGGGAGGAUGUGACGGAGUACUUCAGAGUAGACCCUGAACGAGGUCUUGCUAUGGAACAAGUCAGAAGUUACCAAGAAAAAUAUGGUCCCAACGAACUCCCGGUUGAAGAAGGAAAAACCCUACUUCAGCUGAUUUUAGAACAAUUCGACGACCUUUUAGUCAAAAUUCUGUUGAUGGCCGCUAUUAUUUCAUUUGUUCUGGCCUUGUUUGAAGAACACGAAGACGAACUUGAUCAGUUGACUGCAUUUGUUGAGCCUUUCGUUAUUCUACUGAUUCUCAUCGCCAAUGCCAUUGUUGGUGUCUGGCAGGAGCGCAAUGCUGAAUCCGCCAUCGAAGCUUUGAAAGAAUACGAGCCUGAAAUGGGCAAAAUUGUUCGAUCAGACAAAGCUGGUGUUCAGAAAAUCCGUGCUCGUGAAAUCGUCCCCGGAGAUAUCGUAGAAGUCUCAGUUGGUGACAAAAUCCCUGCUGAUAUUCGUAUCAUCAAGAUUUUAUCUACCACUAUUCGUAUUGAUCAGUCCAUUCUGACUGGUGAGUCCGUUUCCGUAAUCAAGCACAGCGAGCCCGUGCCUGACCCGAGAUCGGUCAACCAAGACAAAAAGAACAUUCUCUUCUCUGGCACCAACGUUGCCGCCGGUAAAGCCCGCGGUAUCGUCAUUGGAACUGGAUUGAACACCGCUAUUGGCAAGAUCCGUACUGAAAUGUCGGAAACCGAAGAGAUGAAGACCCCCCUCCAACAGAAGUUGGACGAAUUCGGCGAACAACUGUCCAAGGUUAUCUCAGUCAUUUGCGUCGCCGUCUGGGCCAUCAAUAUUGGUCACUUCAACGAUCCUGCUCACGGUGGAUCAUGGCUCAAGGGUGCCAUCUACUAUUUCAAGAUCGCUGUCGCUCUUGCCGUCGCUGCCAUCCCCGAAGGUCUUCCAGCCGUCAUCACCACUUGCUUGGCUUUGGGUACUCGCCGUAUGGCCAAGAAGAACGCCAUCGUGCGAUCAUUGCCCUCCGUUGAGACCCUCGGUUGCACAUCCGUCAUCUGCUCCGACAAGACCGGUACCCUGACCACUAACCAAAUGUCGGUUAGCCGCAUGUUUGUUUUGGACAAAAUUGCCGAAGACGGAAACCCUCUGCUCCACGAGUUUGAAAUUUCUGGCUCCACCUAUGAACCUAUCGGAGAAGUCACCAUGGACGGCAAGAAGAUCCGCCCCGGAGAUUUUGAAACUUUGCACGAGAUUGCCACCAUCUGUAUGAUGUGUAACGACUCUGCCAUUGAUUUCAACGAACACAAGCAAGCCUUUGAGAAAGUCGGUGAGGCCACUGAAACCGCCCUCAUCACUUUGGGUGAAAAGUUGAACCCCUUCAACAUCAGCAAAGUCGGACAAGAUCGUCGUAAUGCCGCCAUCGUUGUCCGCCAGGAUAUGGACACUAAAUGGAAGAAAGAAUUCACCAUGGAAUUCUCCCGCGAUCGCAAGUCUAUGUCAUCUUAUUGCGUCCCCCUGAAAGCCACUCGCCUUGGAAACGGACCCAAGAUGUUCUGCAAAGGUGCCCCAGAAGGUGUUUUGGAUCGUUGCAGCCACGUUCGUGUUGGAGCCCAGAAGGUCCCAAUGACCCCAGCCAUCUACAACAAGAUCAUCGAAGUCACCCGCCAAUACGGUACCGGUCGCGACACUCUGCGUUGCCUCGCUUUGGCCACUUUGGAUACCCCUCCUAAGAUCGCUGAUAUGGACAUCUCCGACUCCAACAAAUUCGCCUCGUACGAAGCUAACAUGACUUUGGUCGGUAUCGUCGGCAUGUUGGAUCCCCCUCGCAAGGAAGUUUUCGACUCCAUCGUUCGCUGUCGUCAGGCCGGUAUUCGCGUUAUCGUCAUCACUGGUGACAACAAAGCUACCGCUGAAGCCAUCUGCCGCCGUAUUGGUGUCUUUACUGAGGAAGAGAGCACUGAGGGCAUGUCUUACUCUGGUCGCGAAUUCGACGAUUUGUCCGUUGAUGAACAGCGCAAAGCUGUCGGCAAAGCCCGUCUCUUCUCCCGUGUCGAACCUUCCCACAAAUCCAAGAUCGUCGAGUACCUUCAGAGCAUGGAUGAGAUCUCUGCCAUGACUGGUGAUGGUGUCAACGAUGCCCCUGCCUUGAAAAAGGCCGAAAUUGGUAUUGCUAUGGGUUCCGGUACCGCUGUCGCCAAAUCGGCUUCCGAGAUGGUUUUGGCUGAUGAUAACUUCUCCACCAUCGUCGCCGCUGUUGAGGAGGGUCGUGCCAUCUACAACAACAUGAAGCAGUUUAUCCGUUACCUCAUCUCUUCCAACAUUGGAGAGGUCGUCAGUAUUUUCUUGACUGCUGCCCUUGGCUUGCCCGAAGCUUUGAUCCCCGUCCAGCUUUUGUGGGUCAACUUGGUCACUGAUGGUCUGCCAGCCACUGCUUUGGGUUUCAACCCCCCUGAUUUGGACAUCAUGAACAAACCACCCCGUCGCGCCUCUGAGGGUCUCAUUACUGGUUGGUUGUUCUUCCGUUACAUGGCCGUCGGUACUUACGUCGGUGCCGGCACCGUUGGUGCUGCCGCUUGGUGGUACAUGAUCAGCCCCACUGGACCUCAUCUAUCCUACUACCAGUUGAGCCACCACUUGCAGUGCACUCCCGAAAACGAGGCAUUCAAGGGAGUUGAUUGUGCCCUCUUCCACGAUCCCCACCCCAUGACUAUGGCUCUCUCUGUCUUGGUGACAAUUGAGAUGUUGAAUGCUUUGAACAGCUUGUCAGAAAACCAGUCUAUGCUGGUCAUGCCACCUUGGUCCAACAUUUGGCUGAUUUCGGCCAUUGCUCUUUCUAUGACUCUCCACUUCAUGAUUCUCUACGUGGAGAUUUUGUCGACCGUCUUUCAGAUUUGCCCGUUAACCUUGGAUGAGUGGAUCGCCGUUGUGAAAAUAUCUCUGCCAGUCGUCCUGCUUGACGAAGUGCUCAAGUUCUUCGCUCGCAAAUACAGCGACGGUGAGAAUCCUUUAGCUCAUUGCCAGUGGAUAGUUCUCUCUUGGGUCCUCUAUGCGGGUUUAUUGUACCAGUUUCCGCUUUGAUUGGGUUACCUAACCCCCCCCAACGUCAGGAAAGCCCGAAACAUUCGCAUUUCUCAUUCCACACUUUUGGUUUCUCUACCAACCACUCCGAUUCAUUAUUAAGCCAUUCGGCUUUUCUCCAAAUUUAGACUAUAAUUUACGACUAGCCGAUUGCAAGUCUUAAGCGUAUGCAAACAAUGAUCACACGGCUAUUAGGUUUUUUUUUUGUUUUUUUUUUUAAAUCAUUAUUAUUAUUACCACAACUUUUUUUUCUUUUUUUAAAUAAUUCUUAAUAAAAUUUCCCUUCAUCUUUCCUUGUCAUAUUGUGUGAAUCCCUCGGAAACUUAUGAUCCUUUUCAUUCUCUCACAAUGUAUCUUCUAUCAUGCUCGUAAAAAAUCCAGGUAAGAUAGCAUAAAGAAAGCAUGUGCACUUGUAAUUAGCCCUCUUUCCUGAUUGUAAACCUAACCGUUUGGAUGGGGCGCUCGAAUCAACUCCAAAAAUGUCACUUGGGUUCUUGUUCCAGGUAGCAAGCCAUUUGGCCUUACUUCUAGUGUUCAACUUAAAGCCUGAGUGAAUUGCCGGUUUGCUUUCUUGAACACAGGCUGAGCUCUGACGAGUCCGAAACGAUUUCCCCUUAUCUUUCUCCGUGUGUUAAGCCAUUAACCAGACUCAAAUGCCUCAUCACGUGGUGCGUGUCUGAGCUCGCUACGCGUGUGUCUCUGAGUGUGUGUGUGUGUGUGUGGACGCGUUUGUUUAGGUCUGAUGCAGGAUUCAUUCUUUGAUGAAACUCUUCCGUAGCAUAGUCUUUGCCUUGAUUCUGAUUUACUUUCUCUCGUCAUCUAUUUCAUAUAUCAUUACAGACAGCAACAACAAUUAAGUGAAAAUUUGAAAACUAAUGCGUUGACUUGUGAUGCAUUUUUGUACAUUCGACCGAACUAUUGAAAAGGAAUACAACUGAAGAGUGGAACAAA